AAUGUUUAUGUACUGGGGAAGACUUUCCUUCUAUUGGCCAGAGAGCUGUGCAUCAACGCCCCAGCUAUUGAUCCCUGCUUGUACAUUCCUCGAUUUGCUCACAUGUUGGAGUUUGGAGAUAAAAACCAUGAAGUAUCGAUGACAGCGCUAAGGCUGGUACAGAGAAUGAAGAGAGACUGGAUGCACACAGGGCGCCGGCCGUCAGGACUCUGCGGAGCAGCGUUGCUUGUCGCAUCCAGAAUGCACGAUUUCCGUCGAACCAUUAAGGAGGUCAUUAGAGUUGUGAAGGUUUGUGAGUCUACACUAAGGAAAAGGCUAACAGAGUUUGAAGACACCCCAACAAGUCAGCUAACGAUAGAUGAGUUUAUGAAGGUUGACUUGGAGCAAGAAUGUGACCCACCUUCCUUCACUGCUGGCCAGAGGAAGGUCAGACUACAACAGCUUGAACAGGAGUUGGCUAAGAAGCUUGAUGACGUUGAAGGUGAAAUAUCAAGUUAUCAGGACGAAAUUGAAAAUGAGCUGGAGCUCAGCCGACCGAAAGCCAAAGGAAUGUACGCUUCUUUAGCAAAAGAUGAUUAUGAAGAAAACACGUCAAGCAUAUACGGAGAGGAGGAAGCAGACGAUGAAGAGCUAGAAGCUGCUGCUAACCAUCUAAGCAAGGAUUUCUAUAAAGAAUUUGAUGCCCGUACCAAAAUGAUAAGCGAUGAACAGAUUAUAAAGAGGAUUCCUUUAGAGUGUCUCCUGGGGCCUUUACCAACAGCUGCGAGCUUGGGCAUUACAGACUCCAUCAAGGACUGUAUCUCUGCAAAGGAGCAAGAAAGCCGUGACAAUGCAGGAGAUGGAGAACUAGACCUCAACGGAAUUGAUGACAAUGAAAUAGACCGGUACAUUCUCAACGAGCAAGAAGCAGAAAUAAAGACAGAGCUGUGGAUGAAAGAGAAUGCUGACUACAUCAGAGAACAAAAGGAAAAAGAAGAACGUAUAGCAAAAGAAAAGGAGCUAGGAAUUUAUAAAGAACAAAAGCCAAAGAAGACGAUUAAACGUAAAGCCCCCAUUCAAGCGAGUACCGCUGGGGAGGCAAUUGAAAAGAUGUUAGAGCAGAAGAAGAUAUCCAGUAAAAUUAACUACGAUGUGCUUCGUGACCUUAAUAGCAAAGGUAGCAGCACGCCAAAGCAGGAGGAAAAUGGCACCGAGGACGGCAUCACCGGCAGCAAACUCUCCCAGAGGAAAUCUAUUGCUAGCAGGAAUCUGACCGGCUCUUUCAGCAACCCAAGUAAAAGAUUAAAAACUGUUGUUCCUACUCAACCACAUAAAAAGGCAGCAGUCACACAGGAACCCACAAAGAAUCACGAGACAGCAUCUGCUGUAGUGGUGGAGAGUGGCCCAGUCACUUACCAGCACGAUGAGGAGGUUGAGGAGGAGGAAGAAGAUGAUGAAGAACACUGUAUAAGUGCGCUGCAGCUCCUGGGGGGCAGCGAUUACGGCUGUGAUGAUGAUGACGGCUAUUAAUCCCCCGCCGGUGCUUACACUGUAAAGUCAUAUUGUUAGAUAUGGACCUAUAUUUAAUAUGCUGUUCUGUGAUCAGCAACGUAUACAAAGUAGACUCAAUUUUGUAUAAAAGGAAAAAAAAACUUUAAAAAAGUGUUUACAUAUUUUGGGUCAUUUUUUUUUGUUGGCUUUUAACCCAUAAAUAUUUAUUGGGUUAUUAUACUUGAAACUGGAUUUUCUUUCUCCAUGGCCAUGUUUUGAUAAGACUGUUUUGGAACAUUAAACCCAGAGGGCAUGACGUUACUAUUUAGCACUCUUCUUUGUAUAUAAGGAUUCUUUGGAUUGUCCAUUAUUAUAUUUGUAAAUCUGGCAGCACAUUAUAUUUUAUUGCUGUGUACACAAAAAAAAGCAAAUCCUCUAAAAAAAAAUAUAUAUAUAUAUAGCAAGUAACAAUUCUGGUUUUCGGACAAAGAGCCUUGGAUUUAAUCACGUGUUUCUACAGCCUUCAUCUAGCCAGAAGUCCCCUGCAGGUUUCUGUUGCAGUAGGUUCGACUUGACAUUCAACAUGAAGUGAAACUGCUUCUGGAAAACAACAAUAUAAGCAAAUGACAGAUACAAGAGACAGUUCUGCAAUGUCGCCAUCACAUUGUACUAUGGCUAAGGAAAUAAAAUGACUUGUAAGAUAAGUGGCACAUAAAACAUGUCAGAAAAACGUCACUAUCCGUUAAUUUAUUUAGAAGAAUAAUAAAAAUAACUUUUAGCUGCAUUCACGCUAAAUAAAUCCCUCAUAGACCUCAUGACAUUGUAGUAUUAUGUACAAAUAAAGAUUUCUGUGCUAACGUU